AUGGGAGGUAAYAUGAAGRCUCAUUCAAUGUACUUUUUGAGAGRAGAGUCAACUACUAGAAUUAUUAUUUCURAAACAUCCCAAGUUAUUUGGGAUUGUCUCCACRAUAUUUAUAUGCCAGUUCCUUCAAAAGAACAUUGGAAAAAAGUUGCAGAUCGUUUUUAUGAUUUAUGGAACAUUCCAAAUUGUAUUGGCGCUAUCGAUGGGAAGCACUUUAAAAUCAAAUGCCCAUCAAAUACAGGCUCAGCUUAUUUUAAUUAUAAGCAUUACUUCAGUGUUGUUUUGAUGGCCUGUGUKGAUGCAGAUGGACUUUUUUUAACGAUUGAUGUUGGUGAUUAUGGGCGAAACAGUGAUGGCAGAGUAUUUAGAAGGAGUUCGCUUGGAAUAAUCUUAGAAAAUAACGCAUUGGAUAUUCCCGAACCUAAAGUAUUACCUGGAUGGGAAAAUAAGGACAAAUUUCCACACUAUUUUGWGGCAGAUGAAGCGUUUCCCCUAAAAAACAAUAUAAUGCGACCAUUUCUAAAAAGGUCAUUGAAUAAAGAAAGACGCAUUUAUAAUUACAGAUGUUCUAGAGCAAGGAGGAGUGUGGAGUGCAGUUUUGGAAUGCUUGUGUCAAAGUUUAGACUUUUUGAACAACCUAUAGGUURCAAAGUAGAAACAGCCGAAGCAUUGAUUAAAGCAGCAUGUGUUUUACAUAAUUUUAUUCGCAUAAAAGAAGGUGUAUUUUCAACACCUUCACACCCAUCAACCAUUAWUUCAAUGGGAUAUCAAAAUAUUGAGGAUCAAGGGAUAAGACCAACAAGAGCAGCAGAAAGCAACAGAGAUUUUUUAUGUGACUAUUUUGUAUCAAACGAGGUAUAA